CAAAUUAGGUGGUGUGUAAAAUUAUAACACUGCCUGAUGUCCUCGUGGUUGAAAGGAGUCUACAAAAGUAAAAGGAACGGAGACGCCGAAGUCCUCAUGGCACAACGAAAACAAUCAAAUUGGUCAAUGAUCUCCGCCGAUAACCUCUCCGGAUCCAACAAACGGUCUUCAAUCUCUGGGCAAGAAACCCGUUACUCCGUUUCGAUUCCCGUUGAUGUAAUCAUCAAUAUCUUGUCGAGACUCCCAUUGAAGUCUAUAGCUCAAUCUCGUUGCGUGUGUAAGCUCUGGUCUUCCAUUGCUCGCCGUCCUAAUUACAACCUCUUGUUCCCUGCCAAGUCUCCCGACGAUCCACCCAGGAUCCUAUUCGCCUUCAAAGUCGGAUCUAGCUUGUUCUUCUACUCCUCGCCCCAACAUCAUCAAAACAACCCUGAUAACAACAACAACAGUUCAGCCAUUGUAGCCACUCGUCACGACAUCAAUCUCGGCUCAGAUUUGCAGCAGUUAUGUCGGCCUGUUCGGGGUCUGGUCUGUAGUCAACACAUUGGUAAGAACUGUUCCUGGGCUGUGGUUUCUAAUCCCAUCACGGGAGAGAGUGUAACCACACCGAAACUGGCAAUAGAAGGGAUUCACUUGAAGGAGCGUGUAAGAGGCAAAGCAGACUAUUGUUUUGGGUAUGAUCCAAUCGAUAAACAGUUCAAGGUGUUGCGUAUCACCAGGUUGUGUGGCAGCCCUGAACACAAAAUAUCUUUUUACGCAAAGUAUCAUGUCCUGACAUUAGGGACGGGAGCUUGGAGGAAGCUCCAAUGCAGCACACUUCAUUACCCUCUAGAUGAAAACGGGAUAUGCGAGAACGGGAUUUGCAUCAACGGUGUUUUGUUUUAUCCAGCGUUGGUCAAACAUAGAAAACAUAUGAUUGUUUGCUUUGAUGUUAGGUCUGAGAAGUUCGGUUUUGUCAGCGUUGAUGACGUUUUAGGAUUGCCCAUCCAUAGAUAUUCGGUUCUGAUAAACUACAAUGGUAAACUAGGUGUUAACUUUUGUGACGCUGCCUGUAAGCAUUUUGAGUUGUGGGUAUUGGAGGAUGCCACUAAACAUACAUGGUCCAAGCGUGUCUACGUAUCGCCUCAUGCGUCGCUGAACUGGGACAACUAUGUGCGCCCUGCUGGAAUGAUUGGCAGCGGAGAAAUUGUGUUAUACCGAAUGUAUACACACAAUCCUUUCAACAUCUUUUACUACAAUCUCGACAAGAAGAUUAUCAGAAGAGUAACAUUUGAGGUCCCAGUAUUGGAAAAGUUUGAUCAUUUUGGAGCUUUCACAUUUGCAAACUAUGUAGAGGAUGUGAAGCUUAUGUAAGUGCUUUAAACAGAUUAAUCAUUUGAUCUGUCUCUGUCUCUGAAACAAAUCUUGAAUUAAUAAAAAAAAUGUGUUUUUACUUUGGAGAAAAUCUUCUUUUUUGCCUCUUGUUGGCUUAAAACAGAUAAGAGGUUGGUUGUAAAUUUGUAAUUUGAUGGCUUGAAUAUAGCAGUCCUAGUAUUUCAAAACCC